ACCCCGUGGCGCCAGAGCUGGGCUGCUGUGGGCUCCGGGUGCCUGCACUCCUUGGCCAUGCCAAGGGGAGCCUCCUUUGGGGGCAGCUCCCCCCGGCACUAAUCGGCUUGGGCGCGUGACUCGCGCCCGCUGAUUGCGAGAUUAGAGCAAACUGGAUUGCACAGCCCUCCUGGCAGCCGGCCUGGCUGGGCCCGGGGCUGGCACCACCCCGGGGAGCACAGCAUCCUGGUACCCCACUGCCAGCGGGGAUGCACCACGGACAUCGCUGUGCCAGGACCCCCGGGAUAGCUCGGGCUGGGAGGUGCUGCCCCGGCUGUGGGACACCCGCAGUGCCAGGCUGGGAGGGCGGGGUGUGCUGCCUGCUUCUCUCUAGCCAAAGGCAGCCUCAGCCUGUAUCCCAGCCCAUCCCUCGGGAUCGCCGCCACUGCGGGAGGUGAAGCCCAGUUGGGCUGGUGCUGGGAAAGUGAGGGAGGGCUGGGACAGGGACACCCACGGCUUGGGGUGCCCAGCCCUCCCCGCCGGCUGGCACGGUGGGUUCUGCCCUGCCCUGCCCUCCCCUCCUUCCCAAAGGCGGGCGGGAGGGAGCCCUGUGCCUCCCCUCGUGACUGCGAUAAACAUUACACCGAGGCCAUUAAUGUUUAAUGAGGUUUGUCUCCCAAUUAAUGCGCUUUCCUGUGGGUGCCCCACUCCCAGAGUGAGGCGCCCGCCGGACGACACGCCGAGGCGAUGGGUGACGGUAAGAGCAGGCACCUUCACAGGGGCAUCUCGGUGCGAGGAGCAGGGCUGCUCCCUCCUGUACGGGGGAAACUCUCACCAGAGAUUUGGGGGGAGACGUGGGGAUGGAUGCUCAGAGCUCCGCAGCCCGCUGGCGCGUCGGUGCCAGCUGGCGUUUGGCUUCUUGGGGUGAUUUCUCCUUCCAAGCGGCUCCCGGCAGAGGGCUGAGCAGUCAGGUAAGGUGGCUGGAGAGGUGACACGCAGCUGUCAGAGGGACGAGCCUGCAGGCUUGGAGGGGCACUGCCGGGGUGCACCCUGGAGUGAGGGGUGAGCCCGCAGGGCUGCUCAGUUCUGCGUGCCAAGGGAGCAGAGCCACCGAGUCCUGCGGCAGCGGCGCUUCCCGAGGGCACUGGAGCCGGGCCCGUCUGCAGCUUCACCUGGAGCUUGAGAACUCCUGUGCAUCCUGCGAACGCAGCCUGCAAGUGCAUCCCAUGAAUUCACCGUGGGUGUUAAACUUCCUGGGAUGAAACGCAGGAGUUUGGGAAAUAUUUGCUGGCUGGGCUGGACACUGAGGAAGUCACAGCGCUCUCGCUUGCAUCCCGCAUUGCUGGUCUCUCCCACCUCCAUGCCACGAGCCCAGCGCCCAGGACCUGGCUCUCACUGGGAUUUCUCCUCUUUUCCAGAGCAAGCACCUGAGCAGGGCCUGGACAGGUUCAGCUACGACUAUGACACCAUCCGCAAUGGGGGGCUGAUCUUCGCCGUUGUGGCUUUUGUGAUCGGGCUCCUCAUCAUCCUCAGCCAGCGGUUCCACUGCGGAGGGAAGAAGAAGCCGAGACAAGGGAACGAGGAGAACCUGUAGGUGCAGAGCUGCUGUGCCACCAUGGAAGCAGAGCUCCAUCCAAAUCCUUGCCAAAGGCCACCCCUUCUCCUGCUCCAAUGGAUCCACUGCCCUGCAAGGCCAAAAUGCAAAUUACCCUCGUGCUUCUUCUCCCUCUCUUUGACCCAGCGAGAGUUUCUUGGCUAAUAAAGUUCAAGCUCAGAGAGGUUAAA